AAUAACGGAUUUUAUGAUCGAACUUGUGUUAAACGUGAUUUCGUUCCUUUUUUGCAUAGUUUGAAUUUUCGACCCAUCAAAAGUGUUCGUUUUAAUUUUUAAUCAAAAAACCAUUUAUUAACGUGAGUAUGGACCCUUUGACUGAGGAGGCGAUCGAAUUGAAUGGCAACUUACGCAGCCAAAGCGCAAUGCAAAUGGCCGAAGCUGAGCAAGAAAAUGGCGCUGGCGCCCUGAAAAUUGCAACCAAUGCGAAUGCCGGUGAAAGCGAUCAGCUCGCCGUGGAUCUGCCGGAGGAGGCGCUGACCCCCAGUGUUGUGGCCCAUUUCGAGUACCCGCCCCCGCCGCCGCCCCCAACUCCGGUUCAGGCCCCUCCGGCAUCCAAGUCCACCUCGCCGACGGCUCAUUCGGAGCACGAAGACGACGAGGCCAACUCCGAGAAGUGGGAGGAUCCCUGUGCUCCGCCCCCACCGCCCCCGCUGCCGGCCAACGCAUUCCUGGCCACCGGACUGGGCUACCUCAAGCUGCCCGCCUUCAAGCUGAAGGACGCCCUGGAGAAGGCCAUCACCAAGCUGGAGGCCAACAAGCGGAUGCAAAAGUCCAGCCCCGAAUCUUCCCGUUCCAUGAAAAACAAGAAGGUGGAGGCCAUGGAAUUGUUACCGCGGCGUUCAGGGCCGGAAACAAUAUGCGACAGUCCGCUGAAGGCCUUGACGACCUCCAGAGCUUUGGUCCUGCACUGUAAGGCCAAGAAACCGGAGGUGAUUCUGCAGCUGGAGAGGCAUUUUAAGAUCAUACAACUGCUGGCCAAGCAGAAUCGAGUCCUUGCAGCAAUAUCCCGUGAAGCCAUACCGAUGCAUGGAUCCUCGAAGCAGCCGCACGAGGAUGAGGGCCUAGCACUGCAGGUGCUCUCUGCCCGGGCAUCUACCCCUUACACUCAGCCCACCAGCAUGUUGUCCUGCACGGCCGUUAGCUGUGACCUCGAGCACGACUCGCCGAAGAAGCAGCAGGCCAGCAAGGAUCCAAUGCCGGCGCAGCAAAAGCGUCCGGCUAGCAGUGGAAUCCACAAGCCGGGAAGUCUGCGUGCUCCGAAAGCUGUUCGCCCCAACGCCGCCGUUCCGAUGGUCAGUAGCAAGCCGGUCAAGAACUACACCCGCUCCCACCUGCUGGACAUUCGCAACGGGAUGUUCAAUGCCCUGAUGCACAGGUCCAAGGAAAGCUUUGUCAUGCCACGCAUCGCCACCUGCGAUGACAUUGAAUUGGAGGCCCGACUCCGGCGCAUGAAUCUCUGGCGCACCUCGGAUGGCACCAGGUUCCGGGCUCGCUCCAGCACCAACAAUUCAAACACGAACAACAAUGAGUGCAUGCCUGCGUUCUACAAGAACAAGAACAAGCCGCAGUUGAUCAGCGACGAGUCCAUCAUCCAGAGCCAACCUCCGCAGCCGCAAACAGAGUUCCAGGAUCCGGCAAUUGUGAACCAAAGACGCAUUGGAAGCGGUCGUUUCAAUCAUUCCAAGUGGGGUUACAACGACGGCGACUACCAUUCGUACCACAAUGGCAAAUCCCAGAUGGAGGAUCCAAAUCCGAAGCAUCAGAACAGCAGCAACAUGACGGUGCUGCAGUUCUUCGACAACGGGGAGAUCAGCAGUCAGCCCCAAGGACGACCGAAUACUCCUGUAAUGGGGAUGUCUAACAAUCGCUCCGAGAACGAGACAAUGCAGUCGAACGAGUCUAGCGAAGAUCUGAGCCGUGCCAACGAAAACUACGUAAAGCGCGUAAUGUCAGGAUUCCUGGUCGUGUCGAAACCAAAGUCUCGGGACUCCGAGGAUAGGCAUCAUCGGCGCUACAGGAACCAAAACGAGGAGCCGGAGUGGUUCAGCUGUGGACCCACCUCCAGAUUGGAUACCAUUGAGUUGUGCGGCUUUGAUGAGGAAGAGGAAAAGAUGCUCAAGGAGAGCCACAAUCACCAUGAAGUGGGCGAAAUGGAGAGGCAGGCACCGAAACAUAAGGUGGACCAAAACAAGUACAAAUGGACGCACCCGGAGCCCGUGGGCCGCAAUAAGUUCAUGCCAAAGCAUGAUACCAACAAUAACCAGAAUGUGGAGAACAUGAACAAGGUUUUGGCCAACGAUCAUCAGCUGCUAAAGGAAGACAAACGCUCAGGCAGUGUUCGUUCGUUUCAGUUUGAUAAGUUCAAUCAAAGCCAGCCGAAUUAUGAGACUAGCAAUUAUGUAAAUCAACAGCAGCAGCAGCAGCAGCCGCCGCAAGCGCAGCCUCAGCAAAUGCAGCAGCCAUCAAAUGCAAAUUCGAGUAAUUCUAAAUUUAUGUCGUUCUUCGCCCGAGAGAGAAACAGCUCGUCGUCUUCGCUGAACGAGUUUUUCAAGCAGGCCAUGAACCAGGGUCAUGGCAACAAUGCGGAGCAGCCCAAACCGCCGGGUCAUAUGAGCCAAAUGCCGUCGGUGGAGCAACUGGAGGCCAAAUGGCGUCGCAACUCGCUGACCAAUGCUGGCGAGUCGGCCAACAAGCAGACUGAUAACUUCCAAAAGCUUAUUGGCUCACUCUCGGCGGCUAAGCCACAACCGCAGGUGGCGGGCUACGAUGCCAUUUCUAACUUCAUUAUGCAGCAACAACAGUAUCAGCAGCAGCAACAGAAGCAGCACGUCAUCAUCCAGCAGCAGCAGCAACAGACUGCCUUUUUGGCUGGCCUGCAGCUGAAGGCGAUCCUCGGAAGGGCCGACACCCAGUUGCUCCUUCUUCGUCUGACUAAAGGGGAAAUAUCCAAGCAUGGACUACUGGUGCAGUUGGCCAAUCCCCGCUUGUCCGACAUGGAUCGCGAGGCAAUCACGGCUGUGCUGCAGUUCACCAACACCCAGCAGCAGCAGCAGCAGCACAAACAGCAGCUGGACAUGCUCUCGAGCACGGUUAUUGCAAGUCAGCUGCAGAAUCUUCACAACCUGGCCAUUGUGCAGCAGACACUGGCCGCCAGACAGCAGCCGCAGCUUAAUCCACAGUCACAGGCGCCGCAGCAAUUGUCUCAGGAAGACUUGCAAGCCCAUGCCAAUGUCAUAAUGCGAAAUGCAGUGAUGAAGCGCAAGAUGGAGGAGCAGACCACGAAGUUAAUGAACGGCGGGGCCAAGCAACAACACCUGAACCGGGGACAACAACGCCAUGGUCGUCAGGAUGCCGGCACAAAUGCUCUGCUCCAAGCCUUGAUCUCGGGCGGUGGCAAUAACCAAGCUACUGGCCACCUGAUGAACGGACAGCAGCAACAGCAGCAAUCUCAUUCGAACAAUCGACGUUUCUCUGAAAAUCAAAAUUUUUCAUCCUUCGAACCCAGCCAGCCGCACUUUCCAACGCAAUAUAAACAGCAUUACCAACAGUCGCAGCCACAACAGCCUCAGCAGACUCUACCAUCCCAUAUGCGCCAUCAGAACAACUCCGGCGGAGGCAAUAAUUUCAGCAAGUCUCAAAUGCAGGCACAAUCAGCUAUAGCAGCAAUGUUGCCCAAUGGCGGAGAUGAGUUUCAUUAACGGUCUCAAAAGAUUCGCCACAACGACUGUCGGUUUGAUGGCCAUAGGCAUCGGAUCCACGGUCCUCAUCUACACCACCCAUCGUUUUGUCAUCAAGC